AAACCCAGCCCAGUUCAAGACUCAUUGAUACACACUACAGCAACAGUCAAGACUCAUCUGUACAGACUACAGCAAGAGAUGGAUUAUUGGACGUUGGCCACUUUGGGAGGAGGCGCAGUAGCUGGGGUGGUCGGGGCUCCUUUUGUUCUGGGGGCCAUAGGUUUCACCUCAGCUGGAAUAGCAGCAAGCUCCAUUGCUGCUGGCAUGAUGUCGAGUGCUGCAGUUGCUAACGGAGGAGCAGUAGCAGCAGGAAGUACAGUGGCAGUUUUGCAGGCAUUAGGUGCAGGUGGUCUGACAGCAGCUGCCAAUGCAGUUGCGGCCAGCGUUGGAGCAGGCGUUGCAGCUGGCGUUGGAGAAGCAGUGGCUGCAAUCAUCUCAGACAAUUUAAAUGUUUUGGUCAAUAAAACGGUGUAACCUGUUGAAGA